AUGCUCUUUGUGAAUGGACUCGAAUUGAAUGAAUGCAAUGUGACACACUCAUGUUGGACACAUCCACCAUUGUGUCAGCAAAAAACACCAAACGAUUGUGUCUCGGUGGUGAAAUGGAAACCGAAAGGCGAAGAGGGUUAUGAAUUUGAGAUUUCAUCUUAUAUCAACACUCUUGAUCCAUCAAAAUCAUAUUGGAUUGCCGUUGGCAUAUCGCACAAUCAGAGAAUGGAUGAUGACACCGUGUUUGAGUGUAUCUCGUCACCCGAUGGGCAUCACCGAGCACAAAUCUCAUUCAACGAUGAGACACACAAUCAAGUACUCCACCAGGCCACAUCGCAGCUUCUCCAUUCGAACGAAAUCUCGCUAAUUGAUGGUUUCUUCAAAUGUAAUGUGACCUAUUUGCCCGAUAAUCGACUCAAAGUUCUUCAAGAAGAUCAAUUUAAAAUUCAUCAAAUCGAAUCGAAACCUUUUUAUCUUCUUUUUGCAAAGGGAAGCGCUGAUCGAUACACUUUUGAGAAAGAUAUUCAUUUUAUGAAUGAUGGUCCAGAUUUCCCGUGGAUUACCGGGGAAAUGGUGGGAUUUUGUCGAAAUUGUACCGAUAAAUCGUUUGCAAUUAUUGGAGAAAAUUCGAUUCAAACAAAAGUUCAACGAUACUGGAGAUACAGGAUUGCUGUAUUUCAUGGUUCAAUCUUGAUCUUCUGUUGGUGGGUGCUAGUGUCAAAUGCGAUUCUCAUUGCUCGUUUUUUCAAACCAUUAUGGCCAAAGAGGAAAUUGUGUGGGGUGGCUGUUUGGUUUCAGCUACAUCGCCUUCUCAAUCUGGUGGCAUUUCCCCUAGAAAUUCUCUCGGUUUUGCUGAUCUUCUUCCAAUCCGGUUGGGUAUGGUAUGAAUGCAGUUAUGAGUGUGAUUUAAUGGCAUUAUCGAAGAAAAUGCACGCAAUAACGGGAGUGACAGCCACAGUGAUGGCUUUGUUGAAUCCAUUGGUGGCAUUGAUUAGACCAGCACCUGAUUCAGAUUCUCGUCCAAUUUUCAAUUGGAUUCAUUGGUUUUUCGGGAUGUUCGCAUGGAUUUUUGCAAGUGUAACCAUUCUUCUUUCGGUUCCACUCGGGAAAACAGGCCUCUAUUCGAACUAUGGACCGACUCCAUUCUAUAUUAUGGCUGGAUACAUUUUGUUCUUUAUUGCAAUCAAUAUUUUACUUGAAAUGAUCACCUCGACAAGUGAUCGACGAGUGAUUAGAGAUGAUUCAGAUGGUGUUCAUCGUUUUAUUGUCUCUCAAUCCGGAAUGUCGUUAUCUGUUUUAAACGGACCGACAACCGAACACCCGUCAACGAGAGUCACCGUUUGUUUU